AUGCAGUCCUUUACUACCAUCACUAUCAUCGCUGCCCUUGGCUUCGCUGGUAUCAGCUUUGCCGCCGAUGGCUACCUCAAAACUUGCACUGACUUCGAAGUGGACGGUCUCGACGGCCAGCCUGGCCGUGAGGUCUUGCUCAAGGGGAAGUGCAGGAACUUCGAUGGCGAACAGAUGAAUACCACUCUGGAUCUGAACAAGUGCUUCGGCUGGUAUGGUAACGAUCCUGACGGUGAUGCCUGUGGCUUCACCUUCCCCCCUGAAAGGAACUUCUCUGGAUCUACUGUUCAUUGCCAGAACCCUUGGCCAAGAAUGGAAGACUUUGGCAAGAGAUUCUGCUGUACGGGCUCUUGCGUAGGCAAGGACGAAAACGGUCAUAUGAAGCAUGUUUCUAUCAUCAAUCUGGACUCUUACAUCGGGAAUAGCAACGGCAGUCUUUACUGUUGA